UGCAGCCUGGAGCCGAGCACAGCUGCCCGGUGCGACCAGCGGCAAACAUCAGUGACUCUCAGGCUGCACCGUUAAAUGCGAACCGCAGGCCGCUGGUUUUGGCCAAAAGCUACAAGUAGGCAAGAAAGCGAGCUGCAGAUGGAGUUUGCCAGUUGUCAUGGAAAUGCAGGACUUCGCAACUCGUGUUGGCUUAAAAGGUGAAAUUGAAGUAAGCCAAAACCGUAUCUGUUCCCUCUCUAUUUUGGUUCUGACCAAGUGGGUAUUUCUCUGCAAAUGGAUAAUGGAGACUGGGGCCAUAGGAUGACUACUCCUGUUACCUUGAACGUGGGAGGCCACAUGUACACCACUAGUUUAUCCACCCUGCAGCGCUAUCCAGACUCAAUGCUGGGCGCCAUGUUCCGGGGAGAUUUCCCCACAACUCGUGAUUCCCAAGGGAAUUAUUUCAUCGAUCGCGAUGGAACACUUUUCCGUUACAUCCUGAACUUCCUGCGGACGUCUGAACUUACCCUCCCUGUGGACUUCACAGAGACUGAUCUCCUAAGGAAAGAGGCGGACUUCUACCAGAUCGAACCUCUGAUCCAGUGCCUUAACGAUCCCAAGCCGCUGUACCCUCCCGACAUCUUUGAGCAGGUUGUGGAGCUCUCUAGCACUCGGAAACUGUCAAAAUAUUCAAACCCAGUUGCUGUCAUCAUCACGCAGCUAACCAUAACUACGAAGGUUCACGGUCUGCUGGAAGGUAUUUCCAACAACUUCACCAAGUGGAACAAACACAUGAUGGAUACCAGAGACUGCCAGGUGUCUUUCACCUUCGGACCAUGUGACUACCAUCAAGAGGUGUCCCUAAGGGUUCACCUCAUGGACUACAUAAUGAAACAAGGCUUCACCAUCCGCAACACGCGUGUGCAUCACAUGAGUGAGCGUGCAAACGAGAACACAGUGGAGCAUCACUGGACUUUCUGUAGACCGGCUCACAAAGUUGAAGACUGAGUCACAGCACAGUUGUGGGUGACAUUACUGUUUGAUUUGUCUUCAUAUUACACAAAUCACGAUUUAAAAAAAACAAAACAAACAAAUUGACCCCUUUUUCAGUACUGUAUCACUUUUUGCAUUAUUUUGAUCAAUGUGGUACGUCCAGACAGAUAGCAUAAAAACAGUGAAAUUGUGAAUUCUUGAUUUACUCACCUGUUCGAGUGCACAAGUGUUGUCUUAGUACAACACUUUCUUAUCUGUGCUACCACUACAUAUUCAACAUUUCUUGACAAAGGAGUAGUUCAUUGAAGUUAAGGUCGACAAAACAGCAUUUCUUAUGAAGCAGAAAUACUCUAGCAAUGAUUUUAUUUAUUUAGGGACACUAUAUUAUACCCCAAUGAUGCUAAAAAUGUGGGUAUAUUGAUUUUUAUGGAAUAAUGGUGAUUUAUUGUGGUUCCAAUAUCUGUUUAUGCCAAAGUCAGUAAUAAAGUGAUUGUAAACCAUGAUUUAAGACUCUAUUAGGGGUGUAAGUAAAUAUCGAUACGCUUGAGUAUCGUGAUACUGUUUUGAUUCUCAAAAAUACUAUUGAUUUUUAAGUAAUAGUUUACAUGCAAAGAUUCGUGGCAGUGUUGUAAUCUAUCUUCAGCCAUUUGACUCUUCCACUCAAACAAUGUAAACUGAGACAGGAAGAAGUUAAUACAUAUCUUUCCUUUGCUCAGAUUGCAGAAAAAGUGCUUGUCUUUAUACUAUGACAGUUUCCCUUAAAUUAGAUUUAGAUUUGAUUUAGAUUUUUUAGAUUAGCGUUGCUUACUGUAUCGCAAUAUAUUGAAUCGUAACCCCUGUAUCGUGAUACGUAUCACAAAUCGCCAGAUUCUUGCCAAUACACAGCCCAGGACUCUAUGCCUACAUACAGUAUCUAAUCUACAUCUUAACAUGCAUUAAUGUAAAUUUAGAUCACAAUUUAAGGGGAAAAGAGGAGGUUAUAAAAAAGUUUAUACUCCAUUCACAAGCUGUCUUGGUCAUAUUUUGGACUGGAGACAGUGAACAAAGUACUUUUUUGGAUCCCAAGUUGUCGGGAGUGUACCUAUUUUUUAAUAAUAAUAAUAAAUUUUGAUUAUCUUUAGCCCAAUUUCUUUCUGGUGAGUUUACAGUAGAUCUUAAAUUAGUCUCUUAGCUCUCUAGUAUCUCCUUGUACGGUACUAUUUCUUAAGACCCUAGUCAAUGUUGCAUGUGUCUGAGUGUCUUGUGAAUGUACAUGUAUUUUCUGUGCGCUUUGUAGUAUUGUGGCAUACUGUUACACUUUAGAGCUCAUAUCAACAGUGAUGUGUUUGAUCAUUCCAGCUGAAAUAAACCCAUUUGUGUAUUUGUCAUUAA